ACCACAGAUCAUUGGAAAGUGGGCCUAGUUACAAUAAAAAAAACUAGGGCAAAUUUUUUGUGUAAAAAUAAAUAUAAGUGGAUUUUUUUCGUCAUUUUGUUCGUAUUUUAAUUUUUUGAUAUCGGUAUAUUAUAACAUUGCCAAGUUAAGACACUGCAUUUUGAUGUGUCAAAAUCAUUUUUGACGUUUACGACAUUGCUGAGAACCUGUCGCUUACAUACGUCGAGAAAUUAUACGAAAAACUGUCUAGCUUGGCUUCAGCAAUAAUAAAUUUAAAUAAAAUAGUCUACGAUUAUUUAAAUGCUGUUUUAAUUUAGUUGGUUUUUACGAAAAGAUUGAUUAAAGAUAAAAAUAGAACUUCGCGAUUCCUAUUCGUUGAACGAAACGAAUAUUCAGAAACCAUUAGUUUAUUCUUAGAGUAUUUGGCAUUUCCACAAAGAGGAAAUGUCCUGGCCAUCAAUAUGGCAAACGCCGAAUCAAACACAAGGAAUGGCUCAACAAGGCGCUGGAUCUGGAUCGUCAUCUAUGAAUUUAGGUGGUAUGUAUCAACUUUCGGCUGAACAGCAAUACGCACUGCAACAACAAAACUGGCAACAAUGGCAACUAUAUCAAACUCAAUUGGCACAAUGGCAAGCUCAGUAUGGAGAACGGUAUCAAGAAAUAAUGACAGCGCAAAAUGCUGUUCCCAAUAUGAUUCCAAAUGCAUUCAAUGCAUAUCAGCUUCACAGUGUUGCACCUCCACCGCCGACGCAACCUCAACCACCUCCACCCCCACCACCGUUGCAACAGACCCAUGGCGAUGCCCCAGUCAGCCAAAAUACUCAAACUAUUUCACAAGUUGCCCCAAAUAUGACACAACAAACACCAACAAGUUCAACUGAUCAAAUUACCAGUGAACAACAACCGCUAUUCAAUGCCAACAACACAAAAACAUCGAUAAACUCAAAUGAAACUCAAGUGCAUCAUAGUCAAAGUGCAAAUUUCGAGAAUACAAAUUAUUCGCAACAGAAUCAAGACGGAUACCGCAGACAUCAACCGUAUCGAAAUAAUCGCUGGAACAAUAAUAAUCGAAACACACGUACGUUUGUAGGAAAUAAUUUCAAUAAUCGAACGCAACCAGAUCGCGAAGACCAAAUGAACAAUGAUGGUCCACAGCAAGAUGAAUAUGUGAAUGAGGAAAAAUCUCAAGAAGAAGUUGCUUUCGACAUACAAUUCCGAAAAUGGGAGGACUCAUUCAUGGAAUGGAAACUAAAUAAUGCAAACCAUCCAGAUCAGAAUCAAUACAAUGAUUUUGUCGUAAAAAUGGAAGGUUGUCGAAAACAGUUGUUGGUUCGACGUGAAACACUGCGACAAAAGCGUUUGAACUCUUUUCGAGAAGCGAGAAUACAGCCAGCUAAUCAGGUUCGUGAAACCGAUGAAAGCCAGAACGAGGCAUUCGAACAGACAACAGAUCAAGAGAGUCACAUCCCAUCAACUCAAACUGCCGAUAACUGUGUUCAAACGCCUGGGUCAGUAUUGUUCCCUUCCAAUAAUGAUGAUGGGGGCGGUGAUAUACCUGGAUUGGACUUGGUGUCUGGAGAAAAAGUCCCAAAAGCAGAUUUAAAUAUUGUAGCACAUGUGAACAACAUUUUGGGCAAUCCUGAAAUUCAGACGCUUUUAUCGAAUAUUCAGAAGCAACAAAACGAAACACAACCAUCUAAAGCUCAUCAUGACUAUAGCAACUUGGAAGAAAAUGAUCGGUCCAGUUUGAAUACGUUGGAUCAACCUUGUGGUAGUAGUGAUAAUCGUUUUGGAAGAUAUCAAAAUAACACAGAUACACAAAAGCAUCAAAUAAUAAAUUCUUUUCACGAUAACAAUCGACAAAGUGAACGAGAUGUGGAUAUGGACAUGUCUCAACCGAACUCCAAUCAAUUCGAAAUAAAUUCAAAGCGUCGGCGAUAUUGGAAUGAAAAUUCAUCCAAUCACUCAAGAAAUGACCAUAUUGAUCGGGAUAGAACCCAUUUGGCACAGAAAUCACCGGUGAGCGAUGCAGAUUUUUACCAAAUCAAGCACAAUUGCAAGCGACCUCGUGAAUCAGACAUAUUUUUUAGUUUGCCGCCACAGAACGACGGUGAAGAAUUUCAUCCAAUACAAGUAAUUGAUUAUCAGAAUCAAACACAAAAACAACCAAAUUUUGGUGAUCAAACAUCACCUGGUGAAAAUAGCUCUUCGAACAAACAGCAUGAUGAUUUUCCCCGAAAAAUCAUUGAAUACGAUCAUAAAUCGAAAGUACAUACAUGGAACUGGUUUUGUCCAGUUAUUCAAAUUGAAUACAACCACCAUUCCAAUACAGGAUUCUCGUUGCAUCAGCAUCCUCCACCGAGAUCCACUGGCAAGAAAGAACAGAUAGAACAGCAUCAUUGGGUUAAAAAGGAACCUAAAGACCAAUACAGACAAUUGCGACAACCGAAAUGGACUCAACAAGGAACCACUGAGCGUCUAGAACGUUUUUCAUACGAACCACCUCAAAGUCAGCAUCAAUAUCAACAUUUUCAAUCACGAUAUGAUUCUCAUAUUAUUCCGUCGUCAAACACACAAACAUCAAACGAGUUGUAUUAUAGACGAAACUUGCGUGAAGAUAAAAUCUGGGUUCGAGCUUCACGUGAUCAGAACGCUCAAUGCGAUAACUCCCCGGGACCGAAGAAGAACGCUCCACAAAAAGUUGACAGCACGCCAUCGAACAGUUCAACGACAUAUCGAAAUGACUCUGCACUCAAUAUACAAACAAACCCAAAAUUGAAUAUAAAGGACUUAUUAUUUCCUCCAGAACGCCGGAAUAGACCGAAAAGGAUUGUGAUCAUAAUGCGUGGUCUUCCCGGUUCUGGCAAAUCUUAUUUAUCUAAGGUUAUCAAGGACAAGGAACAGGAAAUGGGUGGUUCAGCGCGAAUAUUGAGUAUUGACGAUUAUUUUAUGACCGAAACUGAUUCUGAUAGACAAUUAUCAUAUGAAUAUGAAGCUGAUAUGGAACGAACAUACACGCAAUACCUGCUUAAGUCUUUCAAAAAAACGCUGUUGGAUAAUCUUUAUGAAGUAGUUAUUGUUGACUGCAAGAAUACUACAAUAGAAGAUCUUGAUGAUUUUUAUAUGACAGCAAAAUCACAUAUGUUUACACCAUACAUAUGUGAAAUGCCAUUGGAUCUGGAGAAAUGUUUGAAAAACAACAUUCACAACCGUCUUGAAAUUGAUAUUCGCAAAGCAAUGGAAGAAUGGGAAAUGUCACCUGCAUCAUACACAGUUCUAGACUAUGACAACUUAUUCAAUAGCGCGGACGAUACCGAGUCUUUAAGUGAUGUCGAAGACGUUAAGAAUGAAAAUGCUGAUUCUCUUGAUGCGAUAUCAGAUGAGGAUAACAACAGUAAUGUUGCAAUGGAAGAUGUAGAAUCCGACGAUUUUUCGGAUAUGGGACUUGAUGAUGAACCAAUAAACGAG